AUGAGAGAUAUAGAGAGCAUCGAUGUUUCUUGGAACCAACUUACUAGUGCCAUACCGAGUUCCACCCAAGAGUUUGGGAGCCUUGCUUCUCUCAACCUGUUGAGGAACUCGUUUCAAGGAUCCAUGCUACAAUCGAUUGGCCAUCUCAAAGGGUUGGAGUUCCUCGAUCUCUCCUACAAUGAGUUAUCAAACACAAUACUUGAGUCCUUGGAAGGACUUGCAUAUAUACAAAUUUUGAACUUGUCCAUUAAUAAGCUAUCAGGAGAGAUUCCUAAUUGCGGGCCCUUUGGAAAUUUCCUGGCUCUCUCUUUCAUUGGGAAUGAAGCACUUUCUGGAAAUGCGAUUUUUCAAGUCCCACGAUGCAAAGAAAAUGGAAUGAAAUCAUCAAGGGACAAGCGGCUACAUAUACUAUACAUUGUUGUGCCAAUUUUAUCAGCUAUACUUUUAGUCCUCGUCAUUUGCUUGCUUAGAAAGAGUGAGAGUACCAGUAAAAAAGCUUCAAUUUUGAUGGAGAACUUGCCUAUAAUUGACCACCCGAUGAUAUCAUAUCGGGAGCUUUGCUUGGCUACUAACAACUUCGGCGAAAGUAAUUUGCUCAAAGCAGGAAGCUUCACCUCUGUAUAUAAAGGUAGGAUAGACAUCUCGGUCAAGCACUGCAAUCUCGUCGAGGUGACUAGCACCUGCACGAAUGCAAAUCUGAGAGCUUUGGCACUGCAAUACGUGCCUUGUGGGAGCUUAGAGAAGUGGCUAUACUCUAACAAUUACAACUUGGAUCCACCAUGA